CAGAAGGAAUCCUGAAGUUUUGUCUCAUCUGGACUUCUUCAACUAACAAGAGCACUAAUGCUGUGAUGAUCAGCAGUUUGUAUAAUUCAGCUUUGGAGUUUUCUGAAGAAAGGAAACUUAUUUACACAGAGAAGAAAUUAAGCCAUAUAAGGACACACAGAUUUGUGAACAUCAUUUAUAAAUUACUGAUUAGAAAAUCCCAAGAAGCACAUUAAUAUGUGGCGUUGUCAGGAUUGUUCAACGCGUUUUAUUAAAGCACCAUGACUUCCUGAAAGAGCUUGUUGUGCUUAUUUCUAAAAAGAGGGGGUUGCUCUUCAUGAUACGGAGCAGAUGAGUGAGACAUUCCCACUGUUGCCUGGUGUGUUAAAUAAUCCUGAAAAGGAAACAAAAUCUUGCUGGAGGUCUUACUUUUGAAUAAGCCGUCUCCAACGGGAAAAAUGAGCCCCAUCUGGGGCUGCCAUUUGUACUUAGCUCUUACCUUGCUGUUCAUGACAUUGAGGUGCCUGAACGCCUCAUUCAUCAAGGUCAACCGUGGGAUAAAAGUGAUGAAAGGACAGAGCGUCUUUCUAUCAGAAAAUGACCUGCAGUUUUCCAUUCCCAGGGAGAAAGAUGCCUGUAAGGUUGAAGUUGUUGUAAAUGAACCAAUAACUCAGAGAGUUGGGAAGUUAUCUCCUCAGGUAUUUGACUGCCAUUUUCUUCCCAAUGAAGUGCAAUACAUUCAUAAUGGCUGCCCCCUUUUGGAUGAUGAUGGAGUCAUGCUCAGGCUAUACAGGUUUACAGAAACGGAAACAUUUACUGAAACAUUUCUCCUCAGAGUAAAACUAACUGAACCUGACUGUAAUAUCAUAAAGUUAGGUCUUAAGAAAUUGGAAGUUCCAGAGUUUUAUGGCCUAUCCAAUAUUAUUGAUAAGAAUAUCCUAAGUUUUAACUAUGACAAAAGGCCGAAUCUUGAUUGCACAAUUAAAGUAUCCCAGUCACAAUCACUUCUGCCGGCUCACGGUCAACUUGUUACUGGAGAUCCAGUGAAAGAAGAGCCACGUGGGGAUCAACCACACAGUUUUUUCCAGAGAUCCAAUAAUAAACCAAUUCAGCUUUGCAGGGGCGGAGGCUGCAUUCUUGGGUUAAAAAAUAUUCCGACAGUUCUAAAAUGCAGCUGUGAAGAAUUCCUUCUGAUGGGCAUAAAGUAUCAGCACCUGAAUCCUCCAUCUCCUAAUGUUGAUUAUAUUAGCAUCAAACUGGACCUAACUGACAGCCGAAGCAAAGCUCUCUACAAGUCAGAGAGUGCAUGGAUUCCAGUCCACAUUCCAGAUGCUGUUCCCAAUCAGAUACCCAAAGCUGCCUUCAUGUCUAUGUUUAUCUUAGAAGUUGACCAGUUCAUUCUCACACCAAUUACAACUGCAACACUCGAUGCAGAGGACAGUGAAACAGCAAAAUCUCUGUUGGUCUUUAAUGUCACUGAACCCCCAUCUCAAGGUUUUAUCACUCAUUUAUCUGAUCACACCAAGCCCAUAACCUCCUUCACAUGGAAAGAUCUCAAUGAGAUGCUCAUAGCGUAUCAGCCGCCAAACGGCAGCCACGUGGCAAGAAGGAAUUUUGAAGUGGUGUUUGAGGUCCAUGAUUUCUUUUUUGAAAGGAGUUCCCCAAUUACUGUACAUAUAUCUGUAAGAACAACUGACACAAAUGCUCCUCGGGUUUCUUGGAAUAUGGGUCUUGAUCUCUUAGAGGGCCAGUCUCGAGCAAUUACAUGGGAACAGUUGCAAAUCGUAGAUAAUGAUGACAUCAAUGCAGUUCGACUGGUCAUUGUGGAUGGUUUACAACAUGGCCGCAUAACUCUCAAAGGAGGGAAAGGAUUCAUGUUUACUGUUAAAGAUAUAAAGGCAGGCGUUGUGCGAUACCAUCACGAUGACAGUGACGCCACUAAAGAUUUUGUCGUCUUCAGAAUAUUUGAUGGGCGUAACAGCAUCAGACACAAAUUUCCAAUCAAUAUCCUCCCUAAAGAUGAUAGCCCUCCUUUUCUAAUCACAAACAUUGUCAUAGAACUUUCUGAAGGCCAGACCGUCCUCAUUGAAAGGUCAAUGCUCUGUGCAUCUGACAUGGACUCCAGCGACGAUUAUAUACGCUUCAACAUCACCAAACUCCCCCAGGCUGGGGAGAUCAUGAAGAAACCAGGACAAAAUCUCAUUGCUUAUCCUGUUGCAAGCUUCCUGCAAAGGGACCUCUUCAAUGGUAUAAUUCACUAUCAGCAUCUCGGAGGAGAGGUAUUUGAGGAUUCAUUUGAAUUCAUCCUUUCAGAUAGCCAUGUUCCACCUAACUUUUCUGGAUCUCAGGCUGUAAUUAUACAUAUCACACCAGUGGAUGACCUGCUCCCCAAGGAAGCGCCUGGUACUGUUCGGCGUCUGAUUGUUAAGGAAUCUGAGAUUGUUUAUAUAACAAAGAAACAACUGCAUUUCAUAGAUACAGAAUCCCCGGAGAGAGAACUGCUCUAUACUGUGACUACACCACCUUGCUGUGCAUUCACUUAUGGGAGCUCAGAUGCUGGGAAGAUAGUACUAGUGGAGAGUAUCCCUAAACUACUGAAGGAUCAUUCUGCUAACAUGACAAGAACAUUCACCCAGCACGCUGUGAGCCACAUGAAAGUUGCCUAUAUGCCACCAAUGCAGGAUAUAGGCCCUGACCCUCUACAUGUGCAGUUUAUUUUAUCUGUUAGUAACCAGCAUGGUGGUACCAUUCAGGGGAUUUGUUUUAAUAUCACCAUACUUCCAGUAGACAACCAGCCUCCAGAGGUGUCUACAUAUGAUUUGCAAGUUGAAGAAGGGGGCUUUAGCCAAAUUACAAUGGACCAUAUCCGCAUCACUGAUAGGGACACAAAACACGAUCAUAUUGAUGUUCUUUUACAAAGAGCACCAUUGAGAGGAGAACUUCAGCUGCACGGAUCUGCUAUGAGUGAAGGGGACCGAAUCAAAUUUUCAGAUAUCAGCACAUUAAAAGUUAGGUACCAGCAUGAUGGCUCAGAGACGAGGCAAGACGAUAUCCUGUUCACAGCUACAGAUGGUGUUAAUUCAGCUGAGUUUAUUCUAAGAAUCCAGGUUUCCCCAGUUAAUGAUGAACCUCCCAUUAUGAAGGACAGUCUCAUUCCCACCAUAUUUUGCCCAGAAGGAGCCAACAUUAUAUUAUCUGCUGAUUACAUCUAUGCAACUGAUGCGGACAGUGAUGAUAUGAAACUGAUAUACAUGGUUGCUCGGCAACCCCGUUAUGGGAUUGUGAAGAAAGGUGGAAUUACAGUAGAUCGUUUCUCCCAGAGGGAUGUUGUUGCAGGAUCUGUGAUCUACCAACACACUAGUAUGUAAAUAGGGAUAAAAGUUUAUGUGUCUAUCCUUGCUUUGACAUUAUAAACGCUGGUGGUUUCUGAUGUAGAAGCCAAUACAGGAAAGACAUGUUGCUACAAUGGACCACGUCUUCCUUUAUCGAAUCAUGACUCUUUUCCUGUAUAUGACCUCAACAUCACUAUCUUUCCUGUGGAUAAUCAACCACCUUCCGUAAUAAUAGGUAUGAAAUUUAAAGUGGAUGAAGGUGGGUCUGCCCCUUUAACAGUUAACCAUUUGCAUGCCAGUGACCCAGACUCAGACAAGAACAUUUUGGAGUUUAUACUGGUCUCUCCACCCUCAGUAUGGUUACAUUGAGAACUCCUACCUUCUCCUGGAUUUGAGGGUAGUAACAUGGGCAUAAGUAUUGAUUCAUUUAUAUUGAAAGACAUAAUAUCUUUGAAUAUAAACUACGUACAGUCCAGGCAUCACAGGAUAGAGCCAACCUCUGACCAGUUUACAGUCUAUGUUACUGAUGGGAAACAGAAUUCUGCAGAGAAGCCAUUUUAUAUUAUAAUCAAACCAACAAAUGAUGAAGUUCCAGAGUUUAUGGCCAGGAACAUUACAGUUGUUGAAGGCCAAAUGAUAGAACUUGAUCCUUCCAUAAUAAAUGUGGCCGACAUGGAUUCCCCUCAGAAUCAUCUAACAUUUACUCUUACAGAGCAGCCACAUCAUGGGAUGGUAGUUGAAAAAGAUUAUGGCAGUGACCAUGCAAGUUUCCAUCAGCCACUUAAAAAGAAUAAUCUGCAUAUGGUGCAAGAGUUUUCCAUGGAACUUUUAAAAAAUGGCAUGAAGCUCAUCUACAUUCAUGAUGACUCUGAGAACCUUGCUGAUAGUUUUACAAUCCAUCUUACAGACGGAAGACACAAAGUCAUGAGAACCAUUUUUGUGACUGUUAUUGGAGUUAAUGAUGAAAAACCUGUACUAACCAAGAGCUGUGAUGUGGCGAUAAGCAUGGGCGAUCAUAUUAUCAUUUCAAGUGCUGUACUGUCAGCAGACGAUAAGGAUACUUCUAGAGACAAAAUAUACUUUGUAAUUGAGAGUUCUCCAGAAGAAGGACAACUUCAGAUGAAGGUAAAUGAAGACUGGGUGACUAUGAAGCCUGGGAUGAAAUGCACCCAGGAGGAUAUUGAUAUGAAUCUGGUUAGGUACGUGCACACAGGGAUUAUAGGCUCAAGGAACCAAGACAGCUUCACAUUUCAUUUGUGGGAUGGUAGUAACAGGUCACCAGAACAUAAACUGCAUAUAGGAAUCAAGGACAUGGAAAAAGGAGACAUUGCAAUAUCUGUAAAACCUCUAAGCUUAUCAAAGGGAGACAAAGCUAUCAUAAAUACUGAUGUCCUCCUUGCUACCGAUGACACUGACAAACCAGAAGAGCUCCUAUAUGUGCUGUCCUCGCCUCCUCAGUAUGGGCAGAUUGAAUAUGUCACUCAUCCUGGAAUUCCCAUAACAAGCUUCAGUCAGAUGGACAUAGCAGCUCAGAUGAUCUGCUAUGUUCAUGACAGUAGAGCUACCACUGAUGCCGAUAUGUUCAGAUUCCUUGUUAGCAACGGACUGAGAACAAAACCUGGAACCCUGAAAAUUAUACUGGACCCAGUAGACCGAGCUCCUCCAACCCUAACUAAGAAUAUGGGCCUAAGACUAGUUAAGGGAUCUAUGGCAUGGAUCUCUCCAGGUUCCUUGGAGGCUUGGGACCCAGAUACAGCACCAGACAACAUAACCUUUCACCUGGUGGGUCUUCCUCAGUAUGGUCAAAUAUAUCUACGGGGAUCGCCACUACAACAAAGCCACUUCACCCAGAGAGACAUUAACAACAUGGAGGUUUCUUACAAACAUGGAGGCCGAGAUGCUCAGAUAGACAGGUUCACUUUUAUUGUUACAGACAAAACAAACAAAGGAUUUAUUAUUGAUGGAAAAGUGGAAUCUGAACCAGUGCCAUUCACAAUACAGGUGGAUUUUCAGGACAAUAUUGCACCCAGAAUUGUACAUCUUUAUUGUGCCACUAAAGUUGAACUUCUUAAAAGUGGUCAGUAUGGCAUCUACAUUACAGGGAGGGAGCUCAAGGUGUCUGAUCCCUACACAGAGGAUGAUAAUAUUGUAUUCAGAAUUUUGCGUGGACCUCAUUACAGUUGCUUAGAGAACACCAAAACAGGCAAAUGUAUCCAAGAACGAUUUACACAAAAGGAUUUAAACAGCAAAUCAAUUGUUUACGUAAUCAGUUCCUCACUGGACAGGUAUCAUGACACUGUAGAAUUUGAAGUUUCUGAUCCUGCAGGAAAUAAAGCAGCACCUCAGAGCUUGGAACUGAAAUGGUCUCAGAUUGAAAUGCGGCAGACCAUGUAUGAGGUGUGUGAAACUGACAGAAUGGUGUCUUUGAAGAUCACAAGACAAGGUUUCCCUGUGGACUCUGCAUUUAUUUCACUGAAGGUAAAUGAAGUAAAUGCUAUGAAUGGCAAGGACUUCUCAUUAAGUUCUUCUAGACUUAUACAGUUUGAUCCAGGAGUGUCAACUAGGAUAUGGAAUAUAGAAAUUGCUCAGGAUGGAUUAGAAGAAGAUGAUGAGAUCUUUGAAGUGGUUCUAACUUCUCCUGUGAAUGCUCUUCUUGGCACCAAGGAAAAAGCAGUUGUGAAAAUUGUGGACCCCAGAGGAGGCAGUUGCAAAUUCUUAGAGUCAACAAGGGUUAACUGCACCUCAAAGCCACCCCAAAGUCAUUGCAAGCUUGGCCUAGAAGAAUCUUAUCACCCUCCUUUAACAGAGACAGCAAAAAAGACUUGGAGAAACAUUCCAGAGGAAUAUACCUCUCUUAAGAAAAGACUCAGGGUUACUGGGAAUAAAAAAAUGGUGAAACCUUCAACUGUGUUCAGAAAUGAAACUGAUAUAAUUUAUCAGUACCAUGGGAUUCUAUCUCUCAAGCUUGAAGAAGACAAAUCAUCUCUCAAUUCAACCAAGAAAUUAUUAGCAGCUAACCAUGGCCCAAAGAAACUAAGAGCUCCUUCCAACAAUGUGGACAUUCUUCAAUCAGACAGAGCUAUGUGGAAGCCUCCUGAUAACCAAGAAGAAUCCAUAGCCCUUCCUAAGAAAUGCACACCGGAUUUGAAAGGGCUGUUGCAUUUUGAAGAGAAGACCCAGAAGCUUUUCCAGUGUGAUGGGUUGUCAUGGAAUCCCUGGACCAGCACAGAGAAGGUUUCUCCUUCCAAAAAAUGUCCAUUUGGCUGGACCCAACAUGAUGGUAAUUGCUAUAAAUUAAUCUCAGGACAAAAGGCAACAUGGAUUGCAGCAGCCAGAGUGUGCCGAGAACAGCAUGAUGCUAAUCUUGUAGAAGUGUUCAGCAAAGAACAAAUGGAUUGGGUGUGGAAUUAUAGUGGUAGAAAGUCAUUUUGGAUAGGGCUCAGUGAUCCAACGCGUACAGGUCAAUGGGAAUGGAACAAAGGGCAGAAAGUCAGUUUUACCAACUGGAAAAGAGCUCCUCCUCGUUUGUCAAGAAAGGGGAAGAAUUGUGUUUUGGUACAGAAGAGAGGGAAAUGGCAAACAAAAAACUGCAAAAGGGGAAAAGGGCAAAACUUUAUAUGUGAAAAACAGUUAUAAUAUAUAGCAGUUACAAAAUACAGUAUGUAUAUUUUAUAUUUCUAUUUAUUGCUACCCACAUAAAUUAUGAUCUCAAAUUUGAAUUAAGAGACUAAGAUGUAGUUGCAUGUUUAAGAACAUAAAUAAUCCAUGUUCUGGAUUCUAGCUUUAACCAUUUUAUUUAAAUGGAAAUAUCAUGGAAGAGGUAACCUUUAUCAAAACGUAAUGGACAAUACUUGUAUUUAAUAUACUUUUCUCACUUUGUAUAUGAUUUGUAUAUGUAUGUUUAAUUUCAUCAUUAAGGGUUCUGCACUUACUUAUAUAUGUGAAACCCUUUUCAAUAAAUAAAAUGUCCUUUUGACCUUUAUGUGAGACAAUAUACUUGAGCAGAAGGGGUAACCUAUGUUAUUGACGUAAUCCUGGUAAUCCCAAAUAAAGUAUCUGGACAACCUGAGGUGUCACACAGCUAGGAUAUAACAGAGACUUAAAAGGAAAUUCCAGCCAAAAUUGGAAUCCACAUGAAUGCAUUUCAGUUUUGAAUAGAAGCAUUUUGUAAUAUAGAUGUAUUAACAAAACGGAUUCUAAUUAAAGCUAUACCUGUUUCAAA